CUUCGUCACAUCAUCACAUUGAAAGUCAUACUUCCAACGGUCCCGCGUCCCCGUGCUGAGUCAACCCGACACCACCAUAUACAGAAUCCCUUGUUCAUCAUUUGCGCGCAACACCAUUGAGUUGACACCAUCGUCGCCUGAGAUGGACACGAUACCUGCCUGAUACUAAGAUUCUUCACAUCUUGUUUUUCUGCGUCGGACAUUUCUUUUUCGUGGAAUAUCAGUAACUACCAGAUCUUGCGCAUUAUGAUCACCGGAAAGAAACUAGAUUCAUUUGUAUAUUCCAUCACCUUUACCUUUCAGUCUUGACGUGGACUCAUACCCAACACCACCCCCACGCGUUAUCAAACCCCGCCUUCCAAAUCAUGGCCCCAAGUUCCAUAGUCCAAGAAUAUGACUCGGCAAAGUCAUCAACCUUCAGUCUCUCGGCCAAAGUUCAACGUGAGGUCGAAAACAACGGCAUCACACGUCCAAAAGGAUACACGGUAUCAUGGCACUACAACCCCGAGGUUGAGGGCCAUCACUUUGGCCAAACUCACCCCAUGAAACCAUGGCGACUAACCUUGACCAAAUCUCUGGUUCUUUCUUACGGUAUGCAUACCGCUAUGGACUCAUACCUUUCUCGAGCUGCCACAAAGGACGAAAUCGCAGAGUUCCACAAGGAUGACUACGUCGACUUUCUCUCCAUCGCCACGCCCCAGAACAUAUACGAAAUGUACCCAGAACUCGCCACUGGCCCACAAGGCUACUCGUCUGCUAUUUACGGCGUGGGUGAUGAUUGCCCCAUCUUUGACGGUCUAUUUCGUUAUUGCAGCCUGUACGCCGGCGCAUCUGUUGAUGCCGCACGAAAACUAUGCAACAAACAAUCCGAUAUCGCCAUCAACUGGUCCGGUGGAUUGCACCAUGCUAAAAAAGCCGAAGCAUCGGGCUUCUGUUACGUUAAUGAUAUUGUCUUAGCGAUACUACAGCUCCUUCGUCAUCAUCCACGUGUGCUAUACAUCGAUAUUGAUGUUCACCACGGUGAUGGAGUGGAACAAGCCUUCUGGUCGACCGAUCGAGUCAUGUGUGUCAGCUUCCACAAGUACGACCGCGAGGUUUUCUUCCCCGGCACUGGGCCUCUUGAGUCAACUGGACCUCUUCACCCCGACAACCCUGGCAAAAACUUUACCAUCAAUGUGCCCCUGAACGAUGGCAUCGAUGAUGAAAGUUACGCCUACCUCUUCCAGAAUGUCGUUGACCCCUGCAUCAAAAUAUUCCAGCCCACAGCUGUGGUUCUCCAGUGCGGCGCCGACAGUCUAGGCCAUGAUCGUUUGGGCUGUUUCAACCUCAACAUCCGUGGCCACGGCCAGUGUGUGUCCUAUGUCAAGGGCUUCGGCCUCCCUCUUCUAGUCGUUGGUGGUGGUGGCUAUACACCGCGCAACGUCGCACGCGCUUGGGCACAUGAGACCAGCAUCUGCAUUGGCGCCGACAGCACCCUCAAUCCCGAACUUCCCGACCACACCCCUUACCGCGACGCCUUCCGCCGCGAAGGCUUUACUCUCUUCCCCAAUCUCAGCGGCUGGCGCAAAGAGAACAUGAACACCAAAGCCGACAUUGAACGCAUCAUCAAACACGUACGAGACCAGUUAAGCACUAUCCGCACGGCACCAUCGGUGCAAAUGAAGUACAUUCCUCCAGAUAUCCAGGGAUGGAGAGAAGAGGCUGAAGAAGAACUCCGGGCCAAAAGAGCCGAAAAGGAGGAGAAGAUGGAAGAGCGAGACGGCGCAGGCGGCCUAUUCGGCAAGUUAUCUAAGAGGAGAGAACUGGAAAGAAAUGGCGGCGUGCCUGGCGGAGGAGGUAAUGCAAACCUAGCGGCGCCAGCACUUGGUCCCACCAGUGGUGGAGGUCUUGCAGGAGGGCCAGUUGGCGGCGUCACGAGUGGAAGCGCAUAAAUCAGGGCGAUUACUGCCAGUUUGGGGACGAUAAAAGACGGCGCUCGGGAAUGAAAUAGGAAUGGAUAUCCUCUGCUUAGGUCAUUGUUGGAUGCUUUGAAGAUUCAAGGAUAUUGGUGCUGGAGGGCACUUGGACAUUUUUGCGACAGGUCAAACUCACGACAUGCAUGUUGAUGAAGAUCGACGUCUCCUCUUGCUGGCUAAAAAGAGAAAGACAGGCAUAUAGUUGCACAUGGAUGAGAGCAAGCACCGAGCUUAGAUCUUGUAUAGGUGCCAUUGUAUAGAUAUGCUGUGUGUUGUGCCGCGACAUUGCUUCCAGAG